GGGUUAUUACUUGGACUACCCUCGGAGGAAGAAUAUCAAAUCGUGUCGUCUGCUCCGCAACUCAAACAACAGAAAAUGAAGCUGUUUUUGUUCCUUGUUGGCCUUUGCCUUGCGAUUGCAACCUGCAAUGCUUGGUUCAUGGCACCCCGAGAGAAGGUACCAGCUGCUGCAGAGAUUGAUGAGCAGUGCGUCGCGUUGGCCCGCGCGGGUUCCUGCGACAUGUACGACUGCAUGGCACAGCGACACCAGUGCGACAUCCUCCUGAAGGCUGCCAAACCAAUGUGCGUUACCAUGGAGCAAAAGAGAGGACAAUUCAACCACCAGGGAAAACUUUGGCUUAACGCGACCAGACCCUGUCUCCAAGAAGCACUGAUCCUAGAAUACAAGAAGACUGAGCAUAACUGCGACGAUCUCAAGGACAUGAUCAAGGAGAAGUCCAGUCACUGCGCCAUCAAUGUCCAGCCAAGCGUAUGUGACAUCUUUGAGGCCAACACUGGAGUUCUAGUCUCAAGUCAGAAUUCUGAACUUGGAGAUUCUUCGGCUGUAAUGCGCAAAUGUGGAUGGACUGUCUUCACCUCGUACUUGCGUUAUAUGCGCGAAAGCGGUUAAGGCUGACCAAGGCAAUCAUUGACAAUAAAAACACAUUGUACAUUGUACAUUUAACACAUGGUUUUCAUUGAUAAAUUAUUGACUGAGAUGCACUGUGUCAGUUUCGCCUCAUUGCUCAGUGUCUGAAAGUUUCUUUUCGGACAGCUGCCGUCAGGGACUGACCAAACGCUAUUUCACUGGCUGUACAUUUCAUUCAUUUGGUGACAGAAUCGGCAAGGAUGGGUAAACCUGUCUUCGCAUUGGCAGUACACGAGGGAUAGUUCUCGAGCAGUCGAAACAGUCUUCAGUCUGCGGCGGAAAAAAGACACGAUAUUAUGCUAACGCUGGGGCAGUGUCAUUUGAUUCGGCACAGCCUCGAAAAGUUUAUCUUCAAAUCGUAUGAGUCUUGUUUGAGGUAAAUGGGCAAUUAUCAAAAUCAAUUUGCCACUGGAUAGGAACGUAGACGUUCAGAGGGCGAACGAGUUUACGUAUGCGUUAUAUGUUACGUUCUGCGUUUUUCAUAAAUCACUGGCUUGGUUGAAACCAUUGUUGAUUUUACCAUCCCUAUCCAGGCACAGGCGAACGUGUAUUUGGUUUUGGGUGUGCUUGACCUGGGUCCCUGAAACUGACCCUUAACGACGGAUGGCUACUCGCCAUAUGAGGGGGAAAGCAAACGACUACAAACAUUUGUAUAUCAACGCUAGUUAGCAUUUUGUAUUUUUACUGAUCUUCUAAAAUAAAGACAAAGAAACAACCAA